AUGGAACUAUUCGGUGAAAACAAAGUUGAAAAACUUUAUCUGUGGUUUUUAUUUAUGAAUCGACCAAAAAUGGCCGAAUUUCUUUGUUCAAUAUGCCAGAAUCAGACAACUGCCUGUCUUCUUGCAGUCGAUAUUUAUUCUAAGGCAGCACAAAAGGAUAAAAAAAAUAGAGAUACUUUAAUACAAAUCGCUUACGAAUUCGAUGAACAUGCAAAAGGCAUCAUAGAUGAAUGUUUCGUUAAAAAAAGUAGCCUUGCUAUUGAUAUUAUAAAUGGUAAAGCUACUGAAUUUUAUGACUAUGCUCCAUUGGUAUUAGCAAAGCAUGCUGAUUCUAAAGCUUUUCUUGCUAGUGAUACUGUUCAAAAAUAUCUCAAUGACAAGUGGUACCAUCAUUUUGACGAUCAACGCCAAUUGUUGAAUGUGAAUACCUCUUUUUGGAUCAUGCUUGCAUCAUUCAUUUUUCCUCUGUUACCAAUUGCAUCUUUGUUUUUUCCUUCACUCUACAAAGAAUAUUCUCUGAAACCGAAAAAAAAAAUCAAUAAGUCAAUUCAAUGUCGUCCAAUAUUGUCACAUGAACGGAUAUCAACAGACGAAAAAGCUCGGAAUGAGUCCUUCCCAAGUGGAAGAAAUAGAAAUUCUUCUAAGAAUUGUAGAAUAGAAUUAGGUGAUCUAAUGUCUAGUAUGGGACUUCGAAUUAAAUAUUUUUAUGAAGCUCCAGUUGUAAGAUUUUAUUAUUACGUUAUUUUCUACUUUAUAUUUCUAACGUUAUUCAGUUAUGUUCUUCUUGUCGAUUAUUUUCCGUUAAAUCGAAACGGCGCAAAACGUUCCGGAAUUCAAAAUUUACCAAUUCCAAUUUCAGAAUUUAUUCUACAUAUUUAUAUGUUAAAUUUCAUCAUCGAUGAAAUCUAUCAGGUAUAUAUAUCUGAUAAAUGGAUUCAUGGUUAUUUCUCUAACAAUUGGAAUAGGAUGGACUUAGCAGGCAUUAUCUGUUAUUUAAUUGCAUUCAUUACUCGAUUUUUUGUUAGUGAAUCCAUUUUUGCAGCGUCAAAGUAA